UGCAUCCCUCUGCAGUGGAGAGAAGCGACAAGAUGCUUAUUGAUUCCACAGUAGGAAGAGUGAGAGACUGCAGCAGCCUCUAAGCAGCACUACAUGUUCCAUACAUUAGCAGUACUGCUGAAACAAUGGCACAGUACAGACACAUAUUUUCAUUAAGGUCAUUUUCGAAGAGAUGUUUAUGACUCUCUUCCCCCAGUCCUCUGCUAACAAGUGAACAAAAUGAAUCAAUCAAAACUGGAAACGCUUCAACUACAUCAAGAAUUUAUCAAAUCUUUAGCGGAGGGCCUACAGCAACUAACUCAGUAUUUACAACUGACAAUAUGAAGAAUGCAAUUGACUGACUGUCUCCCUAGCUGUCUGAACCGUGAACUGCAAGAUAUUCUUGAAACACAUGAUUUUAAGACAUGAAGGAGUUAAAACCAGGGAAUAGGUCCAUGUUACUGCUGGAAUAUAACAAAUCAACAGUAUUAUAAGAAGAUGCUACAUAAAAUAACCACAAAAAGAAAAAUAAUAUCACUGUAAAAGCCUGAAAAGAAAAAUGAUGAGCAUUUUUAAAUGGGAAGUUUAUACUUUAACAUACCAGAAUUGUGGAAGCUACUGAUUCUUGAAGAAAUAAUGAAACAUGAAUUUCCAAAAGAACAUACUUUACCAGCAAGCAAAAUAAAGAUUUAACAAGUGUUUUCUGUACUAACUAUUCAGAUAUUCUUAUCAAUUGAUAUGACUAAUGGAUUUUUCUGAGUUUUAUGACCAAUUAUGUAUCAUCUUCUAAUGAAAACAAACCAAAUUAAAUAGCAGGUGGUUUUUUUCAAAAGAACAUCAACUGGAUUUAUAAUAUAAAGCAAUUUACGUGAUCAGGAAGAAAUCAUGUCAAAAUAAUGAAGACUGCUACAGGAACAGAUAUACAAUUGUAACAAAAGGAUGUCUAAGUACAUUUUACAAGCUAGAAAUCUUAUGUUUCCUUUUCGGUUUUCACAUAUUCUGGAAAAUAAAGAGACAGUAUCAUAUACUCCUCAAAGGGAAACAUAAUUCCUAUCAUUUGAGGAAGGUUCUCUUGAUCGUGACUUUUUGAGGCAAAACAAACACAAACAUUAUGUACUGUUCUUUAGAAAUCCACCAGCCAACUAAAUUUCAUAAUUCAUGCAGUUGAAGUACUGGAGAAAAAAAGAAAGAAUUCCUACAAGACAUGAAAUAAAACACAGCUACUUCACUGUUGUCAGGGAAAAAACCAACUGCUCCAAAAGAAUGUGUUUUUCUCCCAUUCUGGAAAUCAACAUGCAGUCUGAAUCUAACAUUACAGUCCGAGAUGACAUUGAUGACAUCAACACCAAUAUGUACCAACCACUAUCAUAUCCAUUAAGCUUUCAAGUGUCUCUCACCGGAUUUCUUAUGUUAGAAAUUGUGUUGGGACUUGGCAGCAAUCUCACCGUAUUGGUACUUUACUGCAUGAAAUCCAACUUAAUCAACUCUGUCAGUAACAUUAUUACAAUGAAUCUUCAUGUACUUGAUGUAAUAAUUUGUGUGGGAUGUAUUCCUCUAACUAUAGUUAUCCUUCUGCUUUCACUGGAGAGUAACACUGCUCUCAUCUGCUGUUUCCAUGAGGCUUGUGUAUCUUUUGCAAGUGUCUCAACAGCAAUCAACGUUUUUGCUAUCACUUUGGACAGAUAUGACAUCUCUGUAAAACCUGCAAACCGAAUUCUGACAAUGGGCAGAGCUGUAAUGUUAAUGAUAUCCAUCUGGAUUUUUUCUUUUUUCUCUUUUCUGAUUCCCUUUAUUGAGGUAAAUUUUUUCAGUCUUCAAAGUGGAAAUACAUGGGAAAACAAGACACUUUUAUGUGUCAGUACAAAUGAAUACUACACUGAACUGGGAAUGUAUUACCACCUGCUAGUACAGAUCCCAAUAUUCUUUUUCACUGUUGUAGUAAUGUUAAUCACAUAUACCAAAAUACUUCAGGCUCUUAAUAUUCGAAUAGGCACAAGAUUUUCCACAGGCCAGAAGAAGAAAACAAGAAAGAAAAAGACAAUUUCUCUAACCACACAACAUGAAACUACAGACAUGUCACAAAGCAGUGGUGGGAGAAAUGUAGUCUUUGGUGUAAGAACUUCAGUUUCUGUCAUAAUUGCCCUCCGGCGAGCUGUGAAACGACACCGUGAGCGACGAGAAAGACAAAAAAGAGUCUUCAGAAUGUCUUUACUGAUUAUUUCUACAUUUCUUCUCUGCUGGACACCAAUUUCUGUUUUAAAUACCACCAUUUUAUGUUUAGGCCCAAGUGACCUUUUAGUAAAAUUAAGAUUGUGUUUUCUAGUCAUGGCUUAUGGAACAACUAUAUUUCACCCUCUAUUAUAUGCAUUCACUAGACAAAAAUUUCAAAAGGUCUUGAAAAGUAAGAUGAAAAAACGAGUUGUUUCCAUAGUGGAAGCUGAUCCCAUGCCUAAUAAUGCUGUAAUACACAACUCUUGGAUAGAUCCUAAAAGAAACAAAAAUAUUACCUUUGAAGAUAGUGAAAUAAGAGAGAAAUGCUUAGUACCUCAGGUUGUCACAGACUAGAGAAAAGUCUAAGUUUCACCAAAUUCACAUUCAGAAGAGUUUUAAAUUUAAAUUGUAAAAACUGAAAUUACUGCCAAAUAUAAGAAAAAACAUUUUAAGUAUUGAUUAUGUUGUAAAUUUUCAAUGUGAAUGUCAAUUAGAUUAGGUCAUAUAUAUUCAAUUUCUUCAUGACUUAAUGUAUUUGUUGCAUGGCAGUUUGUUAAAGUAAUAUCAUGUGUAACUUUUGUCAAUAUUAUGUCCAUCAGGAGAUAUUCAUGUAAGUCAUAUUUUCUAAAGAAUAAAUACAUAGCCUUAAAACAGUGUAUAACUUUAAAAUGUAACUGAUAUAGGUAUCCUUGUUUUUUAAAUAAAGUAUAUUGUUUCUAAGCCACAUAAUACAAAUAUAUUUAGACGAUGACAAGUGGAAUAGCACUUUAACAUAAAAACCAAAAUUAUGGGCUCAAACUAAUAAAAGCAAUCGAGGAUUUUCUGUACCACUAUGUUAUAUUUCCUAGUAGAGUGUACCUACUAUUGUUAUAUUUGAUGCAUCAAAAAUAAUGAGGUAUGUAUGAAACAUUCUUUUUUUAAUAUAAAAAACAUAGGCUCUGUCAGGAUUUUAAAAUCUGUGAACCAAAAAAACAACCCUGUAUAUGCACACCAAGAUAGAAAAACUUUAAAAUUCAAGUUUACUAUGAAAAAAAGAUUGAUUUUCUAAGAGCAAGGGUAGUAUGCCUAUAAUAUAAAAUGAACUGACAAUAAAGGGAAGGAAGCACUAGCUUCUUUCUCCCUUUCUCACUUUGCUUGAACCUAAGCCAAAUGCUGUGGAUUAAUAUAGUAUAUUGGUAAGAACCAGUGCAGUAAAAUAAACUGAUUUCCUAACUUUA